AAGAGAUAGCGGCUUCACUGCUAGAACUGAAGUGAAAGCUGCCAGAGCCGUGCGUGCGAGCUGUGAAAAAGUGACCACCUUGUGAAGGUUGUUUUAUUUUUUCUUUGCCGCCAUUGCAGCGCCUUCCGGCCGUUCUUCCGUGCUUCCGGCCGUAUCUGGGGUGCAGUUGUAGCCUAUCGGUGUACGGUGUCAAAGCUGUCGUCCCCUGGUGUCAGUGCUCUGGAAGGUGUUGGAUAGUGCUGAGAGUUGCAGAAUCGAAGCAGUCGUGUGGUUGGUAUUUUCUAUCACAGCAGGUUUGCAGCAUCCGUUCUUCGACAGUGUAGUUUUGUAUCUCAUUGACCACCCAGAGGGUUGAGCUUCCUUGAAGGCUCCAAAGCAGUGCGUGUUUUCAGUUAGUGAGUGCUAGUGGAUUUUGGAGAAGUGCGCAAAGUGUGCUGGUAGUGUCUAUACAGCCUAUACUUUAGAACGUUCAUCUGCUGUAUCGUCCUAUCAAGAAGAAAAGCGCUCCAAACGGCCUGGUAUUAAAAGGGGAGCAGUAAAGGAUAUUGUGGGCAGCAUCAGCAUCGUCAAAUAGCGGACAGCAAGUACAGCAAGACAAACGAACUAUGUCGAGUCAACAGAAGCAUCGAAUUCAGGUACCGGACGGGCUAAGGGAUGUGCUGCUCGAGUUCUCGAUAGCGUACUUGCUCGAGCAGCCGGGCGAUGUGAUCGACUACGCGGUGACGUUCUUCACAAAGCUGCAGGAAGACCGCAAAACAACGAUGAUCACGUCAGCCGAACCGACCUCGCCGGACGAGAGCAUAAUGUCACAUGACGAAGAACCACUAGUGAAUCGAUAUGCAUCGCGUAGGAAAUCUGUGUUUGCGGAAACAUACGAUCCUGAAAAUGACGACGAAGACGAGGGUGCCCGAGCAAUCUUUCCCAAAACGGACGAACAGCGAGCCCGGUUGUGUGAUUCAGUCAAAAACAUUCUCCUUUUCCGAUCGCUGGAUAAAGAACAGAUGAACGAGGUUCUCGAUGCGAUGUUCGAAAAGAUAGUUCAAGCUAAAGACUACAUCAUCAAGCAGGGUGAUGAUGGCGACAACUUUUACGUCAUAGAAUCCGGCAUCUAUAACGCAUACGUAGGCGAGGACCAGAAGCACAUACAUACGUAUGACAACAGAGGAAGCUUCGGAGAGCUGGCUUUGCUGUACAACAUGCCGAGAGCCGCUACCAUUCAAGCCGAAACUGAUGGAAAGUUGUGGGCAAUGGAUCGUCAAACAUUCCGAAGAAUUCUGCUUAAAUCUGCAUUCCGGAAACGGAAAAUGUACGAAGCACUGCUGGAUGCUGUUCCGAUGCUGAAAGCGCUGCAGAACUAUGAACGGAUGAAUCUGGCCGAUGCUCUGAUACCUCAAACAUAUACUAAAGGCGACCGAAUUAUCAAGCAAGGCGAUGCUGCCGACGGCAUGUACUUUAUUGAGGAUGGCAAAGUGUCCAUCCGCAUCCAGCAGGAUGCAGGCGAGGUAGAAAUUUCCAAUCUAGAAAAGGGUGGAUACUUUGGCGAGCUUGCCCUUGUGACACAUAGGCCACGGGCCGCUUCCGCAUACGCAGUCGACAAUGUAAAAGUGGCAUUUUUGGAUGUGGACGCAUUCGAACGCUUGCUCGGACCGUGCAUGAACAUCAUGAAGCGCAACAUUGGGGACUAUGAAACGCAGCUAGUGAAAAUCUUUGGCAGCAAAAACAACAUCACCGACAUCCGAUAAAGCGUUGCUUUGUUGGGGGGAACUUACUGCAAAAAGGGAAUAUUAUGCAAACUAGAAAUAUACUGCUGCUGCUGCUGCUGCUGCAAGAAAAAGUCUAACACUGUACGACACAUGGUAUCGAGAAGCAUCGGGCGACAAAAUGCAAAGAGAAGCGCCAUAAUUUUAGAUGGAAAUAUCUUUUGGACUUUGAAGGAGUAAAACUGUUGUUAAGCAAGUUUACAUGAAGCAAAGAGCAGAAGAAGAAGAAGAAGAAAAGCAAGUUUUCGUAGCUUUCCACCCAUACCGCCCCCCCUCCUUCUCCUUCUAUCCCCCCCCCCCCCCACUGUAUGGAGAUCGAUGGGUUACGAACCGAGCAUGGAAUAGGAGGCCUACCUACCUGCCACUUUAUCCAAAUUACAUCCAACUUUGCGAGCAGCAACGCAUAGAUACAUUAGUUGAACUUGAAACCAAAUUAGCUGCCGCUCGUGACUGUGAAGCACAAAAUCGUAUUGCCCUUUUACCUAAGCGGAAGCAAAAUUGCGCUUUAGUAGGGCAUUGAUCAGCAACAACGCGAUGGACUUGAAGCUAGAGCGUAGGACGCGCGGAACGAUAAAGAUGUAGAGUAGACAUAUUUUUUUGCUGAAAUGAAAACAAAAAGAUACAUAUUCGAAAAGAAACAAACAAACAAAAAAUCACCACCGCUGCCGUAUGCAUCAGAUACAAAGUUAAAUAAGUGAAUGCCGCAUCCUGAUGCUGAAAAGUAAGUAGGUAAGGGGAAACCCAUCGUGUGUACGCUGGUUUGCGAGCCCGGUUUGAGCCUGAUGCGCCCCACAAGUAUGUUUAACGUGUAAUGUAAAAUGAGCGCGUGAUUUUGCGACUUAUCUUGUCUGUAUUAUAGCGGAACAACGCUAGAAAAAGCUGUGCGCUGAUCCGCUGGAUACGCACCGAUCGCGACCGGAAGGGACGCGUGCGCGUGCGAGUGUGUGUGUGUGUGUAGCGAGUAAGUUACAGUCGUGCACAUGUAUCUAGGAUUUAUGAUGAAGAGAACAUGAACAUGUUUUCUUUUUCUUACUCAUUAUGUCGUGUUUGCCCGAUAAAAUAAUCAAAAAGCAGCAGCCGGUUGAACUGUGCGUGUGUGUGAAGCAGCAAAAUGCGAAAUGAGUCGGAAACAAACGCGUUAACGGUUUCGGUUCGGUUUUGGCCUUCGUUCAGGUAGCGUUGUUUCGCUAUGCUAAUUUAUUUGUAUGGGUUUUGUGUGUUAUUUAUUGUAUUAAGAAAACGGAAAGCGAAGCAACACGUGAGCCAUGCACCGAAUAGCUGGUUGGAUUGUUAAGCUAGUAUUAUUUUGUGCGAUGUAGUAAGGCCACACAACAGCACACAAUAAGCGAUGGAAUGACGAAUCGCGGUGAAGAUAGAUAGAGCGCGGAGAAGUCAAGUUGUGGAAUCAUUUUUUUCAUCAAACAACAGUUCUCUGUUGCAAUUCUCUGUUCUGUUCGAACCAUAACGCGACGUGCACAGUACGACACGAUAUCAUAUUUAGAGAGCAUCCCGCAUGCGAUCAUAAACAUGCCAUAAAACGAAAUAAUAUAGCUAGUAAGCAGUAAUACUUGUAAUGUGAGGUGGAAACGUAUAUCAUCAUGGGUGAAACAAACAACAACCAAUGUUGUAGCACACAAUGCAUCAGCAGCAGCUGCUGCGUAGGUUCGCUUGCUAGAAACAAUUGAGACGAUAUCAGAUUAUAUAUAUAUAUACAUAUAUUAUUAUACAUGUAGAUGGUUUUGUACCGGUAGCAGUGGAAGCGUGUAACGACGGCUGAUGGAUGAUAGAGCUCUAGUGUUGCAAACAGGCGUCUAUCUGCGGAUGAGGAUAUCGGCAAGCAAGCGUAGUACCACAUUUUAGGGCAAUUUCGUUCUCAUUUAGCGUUGGUGCCGAGCAGUUUCGCCCCGGGAGCGAGUUUAAUUUUCAAAAAUGGCAUUAGCAUUGCAGUUUGCUCCUUGUUCGCCUCCAGAAAUUCAAAAUCACAAUGCAGCAAGAAGAUGCAAAUCAUUUUACAAGCGAAGGAAGGAUUCGAGUUGCGAAAGUUAUGAUAUUAGAAUUUUUUCUAUGGGGGUCCCUUUCACAGUAGUAGACAGUAGUUGCGCCCAAAUGUCCCUCCACCCCCCCUUUAAAGAGACAGGAAGUUUGCUAGGAAAUGGGUCGUACACACACACACACACACACCCUUGGAUUCAUUUCCCCGAUACUCUACAGCGUUUUCGAAGAAUCUCUCACACAAACACACCCGUGAGUUAGAAUGUUUUCUACAACAACCUUCCCUCGUGUACCUUCGUAGUGCUUUUUCUACCGCAAACCUUUUCCCCUAAUGCGCUUUGAACGGUUUCAAGUAGCACAGAAAACGUGGCCAGAGCCAAACACAGCGGCGCUCCUAGCCGGUUCAACUCAUGAGAGACGGACGACGUAAUCAAACACAGCAGCAGCAUGUAUGUGUGUGGAGUAUUGGUUUUUUUCACUUUGUUUUACCAUUCAACAUAUCAGCGCAUAUGGUAGCAUUUGUACACGAUACAUGUGAGCAGCUAGGAAGCCGGGUUCAACAGUUUGUCCCCCGGGGGGGGGAGUCAUGCCCCAUCUCACAAUCUUACCCGGCGCGCUAGCGAAUAGAAUGUGGCUCUCUCACUAGGUUCACAUACCGUUCACAUGGGUACAUGCAUUCGCGUAUAGAGAGACGUGCCGAUGCAACGAACGGGUUGGGGUUGCGCUCGCCUGCUCUUAGCUAAACGGAUGGAUAAUAGAAAUGCUGUGCAAUCUUACUGGAAACAGGAACCAAAUAUUUUUGAGACAUAAAAAACAACGCCCAAAACCACACACACACAUACACAAUCGUACUACUAAGCGUAAUCAAUGGAUCUAUCUCUAACCGAACACCCGCGUCUGUAGCUGUCCACAGUACCUCUUGAACAAGCUAAAAUCAGCGCGACGAAAAGCGUCGAAAGAUAAAGAAAAAGGUGAUGAGCAGGAGGAGGAGGAAUCAUACAAUAUUAAAAAUACAAACAAACAAAACAAAACAAGCUUAACGAAGAAGAUAUUGUGCAAAGAAAAGCAAAAGAAAAAGAAAAAACCCCCGGAAACUCCUGAAAGAGCGUGUAGAUGGAACUGUAAACAAAUAAUAAAACUCGUUGACAUCUUAAAUGUGCCCUUUUAUCCAGCAAAACAGAAACCAGAAAAGGAAGAAGAAGAAUAAGCAGAGAAGAGAUGAUAUACACACAUACGCAUCAAAAUGAGAUGAAAUAUCCUUAAUCUUACUUAGUCGCGCACGGCACGGUACAACAAAAGGCUACGACGACACGCACACACACAGGCAAGCAGUUACGCUCGCGAUAAAGAAAAAAUCGUAGAACCCCGCGCUACGCGGGUCCUACCCAAGCUGAUAAAUCAAUGGCCAAGCAGGAGAAGGGGGCAAUGUGCGCGUGUAAGCAGCAGAUGGGAAAACACAGUUAUGCCCGAGGCAUUCGGAUACGUGGAGCGCGAAAAAAAAAACACAGAGGAAGCCAUUUUCGAACUUCUACACACUUCUAGUAUAUAUAUAUUUUUUUCUUCCUAAAUUUCGUUAGGUAUAUGAAGAGAGCUUAUAAUGAGGAAAAUGAAGGUGAUGAUGAAGAAAACAACAAAUAAUCAGACGUAUCUUGCAAUGCUGUGCGUGCAGUCCGUGACGAGCGAUUCAUAUAUAAGGAUUGGAGGAAGAGCAAAGAAACACACACACACACACACACAUUACACGGAGGCCGGCGCCAUUAUCCGUUACGCAUAAUCCGUAGGUGAAUGAGUGAUGGGAAUCACCGCUCAGUAACGUGAAUCAAAUCAGAGUGAAUGAGUUGGAAUAGUGAGUUAAAUCUUAUACUCACUCUUUAAGAGUUAAAUUUCGAGCAAUGAUUUAACUCUCCGUGUUGGCAAACACAAUAUCACCCACUGUGUUUCAAUCCACUCACUACGUUUUUGAUCUCGCUCACCGUGUUUUUAAACUCACGCACUAUGUUUUUCUCACUCGUGAGUUAAAUAUCGACUCGAUAAAAUAACAAUAACACGUUGGCAUGGUGAUGUCAGUCAAAUCAAAUGCGAUAUUAAACUCACGAGUGAGUUAAACCGUACUCAGUGAGUAAAAACGAAGGUAGUGAGUUAAAACGCAGUGAGUGAAUGGUUAGUCGAAACGGAGAGUUCAAUUCACCCAAUCUCACUCAGUUUGCACAUCACUAAUGUGAAAUGCACAAGGUGAUAAAUGUGAACCAGCCAUGCUUUUUCUUGUUUUUUUUUUUGUAUCGGAUUCUUCAACAAUGGUCAAAUAUGUGGAACCAAGCUACAGUCCAGAGACAACAGAGCGCCCCCAUUUGACAGCAAAAUCGAUGGUCUUGUGGGGCAUGCGAGAAGUAUAGAUUUAGCAAUCGGGCUACAAAAACGGUAUUGUCCCUACUGUAAGGCAGGAGGGAGCGCACGACGGAAAAUGCUGGCCAUUUUCGUUUUUAGCGUUGUUUAUUUAGUACUAGUGUUUGAAGCAUCGUUGUGUGGAAACGUUUAAAUUAGCAGUAGAUUUGUUUUGGGAUAACCUUUGCGUGUAAUUGUUUCACUUACUCUUACGUUUAGCACAGAGUUUUACAGUUUUGGCGCUUAGUACGCGCAGUCUUUAGCUUGACACUUAAAUUAUUAGUUAGCAUAAAAACAAAAACCCGUGAGCAAUUUUCCUUCGUUGGGUUUUAUUCAUUUGGACGUAGAAAGGUUUGUAGAUAAAGACAGAUAUUAAAUCGUUUGCGCGUGAGCGUUAAGAAAUGAACGUUCUGAACGAUCUACUUACACCUACAUUAACCUCUUGUUAUUUCGUUUUGUAUCUUUUCUACUUUCCGGUAAAGAUGAAAAGUGAGGGCGAUUGGGGAAAAAAAAUCUCCCAAUUUGCUAAAUAAUUAUAGAGCCGCUCUAUGCUUCCGUAAACGCGCGUCGAAGAAAAUAAACCGAGCUAGAGAUCGGAUCGGAAUUGGUUUUAGAAAUUAUCACUACUUACUACAACUACUACUACUGACUUAAGUGUGUGUGUGUAGGAUUGAUACGUUCGAAGAAGUAAGCAACACGCAGAACACAUGAAGCAGCAAGUGUGUGUGUGUGUAGUGUGUUUCGUUUCAGUUACGGUACGGAUUACUUCUUUACGUUGACGCUAAUUGAAUAAAGCCAGGAAAGGAAAUCACUGAAAACAACACAAAAUAUGCGUAAAACAAAACAGAACACACAUAAAAAUGAUGGUAUGAAGAGAAACAAAAAUUAACAAAACAAAAACAAAAACAAAAAAACACAAAAACAAUGUUGCUGUCUCGUUAAUGAAGGUGUCGUAUUUAAUGAAAUAAAAAGAAAUAAAAAUGAAAGUAGAAACAAAUCAUA